AUGGCGCUGGCCGAGCCGGAGCGGUGUCCGUGUGUCCAGGUGUCCGUCUGUCCGGGUGUCCGUCUGUCCACUGAUGGCUCCAGCAGGGUUUCCGCCUGUCCAUCUGUCCGUCCGUCCGUCCGUGUGCCCAUGGCGCUGGCCGAGCCGGAGCGGGCGGUGGCCGGAGCAGUGACCAGAGGAUCAAUGUCUAUCCAGAUGACCAGGUGUCCAUCUGUCCAUCCAUCUGUCCGUGUGUCCGUCCAUGGCGCUGGCCGAGCUGGAGCAGGCGGUGGCCGGAGUGACCAGAGGAUCAAUGUCCAUCCAGGUGUCCAUCCGUCCGUCCGUCUGUCCGUGUGUCCGUCCAUGGCGCUGGCCGAGCCGGAGCGGGCGGUGGCUGGAGCGGUGACCAGAGGAUCAAUGUCCAUCCAGGUGUCCAUCUGUCCGUCCGUCCGCGUGUCCGUCCGUCCAUGGCGCUGGCCGAGCCGGAGCGGGCGGUGGCCGGAGUGUCCAUCCGUCCAUCCGUCCGUCCGUGUCCGUCCGUCCAUGGCGCUGGCCGAGCCGGAGCGGGCGGUGGCCGGAGUGACCAUCCGUCCGUCCGUCCGUCCGCGUGUCCAUCCGUCCAUGGCGCUGGCCGAGCCGGAGCGGGCGGUGGCCGGAGCGGUGGCCGCGGGCGGGGCCGGGGGCGCUCGGCCGCUCUUCUGCCGCCGGGGGGCGCUGCGGCACAAGGUGGUGCACGAGGUGAAGAGCCACCGCUUCACGGCCAGGUUCUUCAAGCAGCCGACCUUCUGCAGCCACUGCACCGACUUCAUCUGGGGCAUCGGCAAGCAGGGCCUGCAGUGCAUGGUUUGCAGCUUCGUGGUUCACAAACGCUGCCACGAAUUCGUCACCUUCGAAUGUCCCGGGGCCGGGAAGGGACCCCAGACGGACGACCCUCGGAACAAGCACAAGUUCAAGGUUCACAGCUACAGCAGCCCCACGUUCUGCGACCACUGCGGCUCGCUGCUCUACGGCCUCGUGCACCAGGGCAUGAAGUGCUCCUGUGAGCGCUGCGACCCAUAUUCGGGGAAUUUGGGCGAGGCCAGGAACCUGAUCCCCAUGGAUCCCAACGGGCUCUCGGAUCCCUACGUGAAGCUGAAGUUGAUCCCCGACCCCAAGAACGUCUCCAAGCAGAAAACGCGGACGGUGAAGGCGACGCUGAACCCGGUGUGGAACGAGGCCUUCCUCUUCACUUUGCGUCCCGGGGACUCGGAGCGGCGCCUCUCGGUCGAGGUUUGGGACUGGGACCGAACGUCCCGCAACGACUUCAUGGGCGCCAUGAGCUUCGGCGUGGCCGAGCUGCUCAAGGGCCACGUGGACGGAUGGUUCAAGCUGCUGAACCAGGAGGAGGGCGAAUAUUACAACGUCCCCGUGGCCGACACGGACGACUGCGGCCUCCGGCCAAAAUUCGAGGCCUGCAAUUACCCCUUGGAGCUGUAUGAGAAAGUUCGGAGGGGCCCCGGCCCCUCCCCCACCCUGGGCCCCUCCCCCCUCCCCUCCCCCACCGAGGCCAAGCGGAGCCCCCCGGGCAGCGGCCGCUCCCAGCUGGGCGAUUUCACCUUCCUGAUGGUGCUGGGCAAGGGCAGCUUCGGAAAGGUGAUGCUGGCGGAGCGCAGGGGCUCGGCCGAGCUCUUCGCCAUCAAGAUCCUGAAGAAGGACGUGGUGGUGCAGGACGACGACGCCGCCUCCACCCUGGUGGAGAGGAGGGUGCUGGCCCUGGGACCCCGGCCCCACUUCCUCACCCACCUGCACUCCACCUUCCAGACCCCCGACCGGCUGUACUUUGUGAUGGAAUACGUCACCGGCGGCGACCUCAUGUACCACAUCCAGCAGGUCGGCAAGUUCAAGGAGCCCCACGCGGCGUUUUACGCAGCUGAAAUCGCCAUCGGUCUUUUCUUCCUGCACAACCAAGGGAUCAUCUACAGGGACCUGAAGCUGGACAACAUCAUUGCCUACCAACCCUACGGCAAGUCCGUGGACUGGUGGUCCUUCGGUGUCCUGCUCUACGAGAUGCUGGCGGGGCAGCCCCCGUUUGACGGCGAGGACGAGGACGAGCUGUUCCAGUCCAUCCUGGAGCAGACGGUGACUUACCCCAAGUCCCUGAGCCGCGAGGCCGUGGCCAUCUGCAAGGGGUUCCUGACCAAGCACCCCGGGAAGAGGCUGGGGGCCGGCCCGGGGGGGGAGCAGGAGGUUCGGGGUCACCCCUUCUUCCGCAGAACCGACUGGGAGCGCCUGGAGCGGCUGGAGGUGCCUCCCCCCUUCACCCCCCGCCCGUGCGGCCGGAACGGGGAAAAUUUCGAUAAAUUUUUCACUCGGGCCCCCCCGGCUCUGACCCCCCCGGACGCGUUGGUGCUGGCCGGGCUGGACCAAGCCGAGUUCGAGGGGUUCAGCUUCACCAACCCCGACUUCCCGCAGCCCCAGGGCUCCCUCGUGUGAGCCCAAAACAUUUUGGGGACCCCCCUUAAAAAAUUUGGGAUCCUCAGACC